UUUGCCAGCUGAACAGAGUACGAUACUAAUGGGAAAGCCACACACAAAGUUUUCUUUUCUUAGCCAAAGUAAUCAAUGUCUCUAGAACCCACCAAAAUUCCAAAAUCCCAAGAAAAAUCAUUCAAUGAUUUGUUACUGAAGCUAAUCAAAUAUCGAAAAUCCUCAAAUGGAACCAUUUCAAUCUCUUCUUCUACUUCUGAUUCUACUGAUUCCAGCUGUUUUUUCAACCGUUGGGUCCUCUUCAGAUUACAACGAUUUGGUUUACAAAGGCUGUGCGAAUCAAGAUUUCCAGGAUUUCGAUGGGAUUUACAAGCAAACGCUUAAAAAUCUCUUCGACACAUUAAUCUCCCAAUCUUCCACAACAAAAUUUUACAAAGCCACAUCCGGAGACGGCCAAUCCGCCAUUAAUGGGCUCUCUCAAUGCAGAGGCGAUCUCUCAAAUUCCGACUGUGUCAACUGCGUGAAAAAAGCCUCAGAAAUGUCCGAAAAGCUUUGCGGUCAUGCCAUUGCUGUUAGAGUACAACUAAACGGAUGUUAUUUGAGAUAUGAAAUUGCUGGGUUUAGGCAAGGGAGUGUGACUGAGUUGCUGUACAAGGUUUGUGGUUCAACUCAGGCAAGUGGCGCCGGGUUUGAUGACAGGUUGAACUCGGCUUUAGAUGAAAUAACAAAGAGUGUGGGGAGUGGAAAUAGUGGGUUUUAUACAGGUGAGUAUGAGUCAGUGUACGUGCUGGGGCAAUGUGAAGGUGAUUUAAGCAGUGGGGACUGUGUGAACUGUGUGAAAAAUGCCAUUGAUAGAGCUAAAUCUGAAUGUGGAACUUCAAUUUCUGCCCAAAUUUAUCUUCAAGAAUGCUAUAUUAGCUACACUUAUUAUCCCAGUGGAGUUCCUACCAAUACCAGCCCAUCAUUUUUGUCAGGGAGUGUAGGGACAAGGAAGAAUACACAGAAGACAGUGGCUAUUAUUCUUGGAGGAGCCGCGGGGAUAGGCCUGGGAAUUGCUUGUUUGCUGUUUACUAAAUCAACUUUCUGGAAAAAGACUAAUCCUUACAAGUAUGGCGGAUGAGAUUUACACUGUGGAUUGUAAAGAGGAGAAGAUCUGGUUUCUACUUUGUUAGGACUCCAGUCCAGCAGGUCUCUUCCUCCCUAAAUUUUGUAAAGACCUGUCUAUUUCAUAGAAUCGUGUUAGGUUUUAGUAUAUGCGUGUUGCUUUAUGAAUUUAGUGUGUAACUGCUUUUUAUUAUAAAGUAGAUGACUUCUUUUUACACUAUGAAAAGCAAAUUAUUUUUGUCUCUAAAUAA